GUUCAGACUCUUUCCCCUCUUGCCUCUUUGCCAUGGACCGAAUAAACAUGUGAAUUCCACGCGGGAAGACACUCCCUGCUGUUGACCGCCUCCUCCUCCCCCCCUCCCGCCAUUCCAUUCGGGGAAGGAAGGAAGGAAGAAGCAUGGCGGAGCAGGCAAUGGAUCGGGAAGCAAAAGAGGAAAGCAGGUGCUCGAUCGCUUGCCGGACUGGGACCGGGGAUUCUUUCAGCGGCUUGGGGGCGGCGAGCGGAGCAGGACAUCCUUCUCGAUCCGUCAGCUGGCUUGGAUCAGAUGAUAUACUUGAGGUGAAAUCUGAAAUGGGUGUGAGUAGAAUCGCUCGGAAGGAACUUCGCUGAGGGAGCUCACAACUUCAGCCUGUUUCCUUGGAGCUGGAAUCGGUUAAUAUGUCUUGCUCAGGUACUUCAAACUCUAAGAACUUCUACUUCAUGUGUGCUUUGUGACUCUCCUCCUGAGAUAUGCCAUCUGACUGGAUAUUGCUUCUACCUCGCAAUCUUUAGUGAGCCUUUUCUUCAAAAUAAGAAUCAAAGAGUGUUUAUGGUUUCAGAAAAUCCAUGAAACAUUCUAAUAUGUAAAUUUUGUACUCCCUCCGUAAAGAAAUAUAAGAGUGUUUAGAUCACUAUUUUAGUGAUCUAAACGCUCUUACAUUUCCUUACUGAGGGAGUAAUACACUAGGAAUCUGCAAAAUUUCAUGGGAAAAUGUUUGUGACUUUGCACAGAAAACACAAAAAAAUGUGAUUAUCUGUGAUAGCAGGCGCCGUUGCUAUCGUUUGCUGUUUUAGAUCACUGUAUUUAUAGUUUUUUUUAUGUCGGACAGAUUUGAAAAGAUUUUUCACACAGAAUUGUGUGGAAUGAUAGUGUGUUUCUAAUGAUAGUCCUGGCAGUCUAGACGUACACCAGAAUGACUAGGAUCGGUCCAAGGAGCUGGACGGUUCAGGAGAGUGUACUGCCUCUGCUUGAAGCCACUCGGUUUAUAGGUCGUACUAUCCGGGGUGAUUACCUGGAGUGUCCGUGGCAUGGCAUGUUGAGAUAGGGUUGGGUUGGUGUGAAGUCCCCGUCCGACCAUCCAACUCUCUAUCCAGCCUCUGCCCCAAAGUAGCUUGGUUAUUAUCCCAGGCUGUCCGGCAACAUGUUUCACUGGAGCACUUUGAAUGUAUUUACUAGCUUGAAUCCCUAGUAAUAGGGGUUUGUGGGCUGUCUAAGGCUAAUAGCCCGAAUCGUCCGUAUGUGUGAUUCUCGUAAUAAACGACUAGUUUUUUUUUACUUAGCUAUAUAUAUACCUUUCUCCCCCACGGAGUUGACUACCCCUGCAAGCAAAACUUCAGAUCUAGGACCCAUUGCUAUUCUCCACUAUCCCUUGGCGCCAUUUGAGCCAUUUUCUAGGAUUGGGAGAGAGAUUUGGGAGGGGGUUGGGAGGUAAGUUAAACCAAGUUCAGAUCCUGCCUUCCCCCUCCUUUGACCAAAAGAUUUAGCAUCUGAGCAAAUUUCCAAGCCUCCCUUGAUCUUGUUACUCUUGGAGGCUGGAUAUUCCUAGGAGAUUGGUGUCACUCGUGAGCUUCUAAGUUGUGGAUUGCCCCAAAGUUUGUGAAGGUUGGAAGUCACCAUCAAGACUUACCCUAAUUGGUUGAGCUCAGGCUUUGUUGGACGAGCUUAGGGAGAAGAAGAUGAGACUUGGUAUCGCAUGAUGCCUUGUUUGGUCUCCACCUCUCAUACGGAGUCUCCGAGGACGUGAACUUUGGGUUUCAUCUUCGUCUCUAUGCCCACUUUGCUUAUCCUUUUCCUAGCUCCCUAAAAUCAACUAAGAAAAGACAAAAAAAUGUAGUAGCUUCAAACCCCCUCUAAUUGACAUCUUUGAUCCUUUGCCAUCCUAGUGUGGCCAUUGUGGCCAAGGCUGAAGAAUUCAUGGUGUUUGUCUUCUGUGUGUGGACUCCUGAUUUGGUGAAAUGUUAUCAAGAACUCCAGUCUAAAUUCAUGGUAGCAGCGGUGAUGGUGACGCCGGGUUUGUUUUGGUUAGUGGUUCGCCUAUUUCAUAACUAUCGUGCUUUUGAUGUUCCAUACGAAUGAUCUGGCAAUGAAAACCGUGGUUCAAUAUCCGGGCCACAAUGAGUUCGGCUAAUUUAUGUUGUCACCUGUUGGGGCGGUCGACUCAUGCAGCUCUUAAUUGAUGAGGUACAACUUGUGAUAUUUGGACUUCUACAAGACUACAACCUUUUCAAUAGAUGCUCAGAGGAAUGUUGAGAUGCAAAAGACAAAGUUGGAGACCAGAUAAAUUUGAAGUGACUUCACUUGGGGCCACCAUCCUCUCCCUACCGCAAUCAUCAUGCUACUGUUGCAACUUUAACCUAAAAGAUGGUCCCACCCUAUCCCCAUGACCUAGCUGGCUCCUCUAUGCAAGCAACGUAAUCCAAAGUAUAAGUGGCAGAAAUAGACAAGAAUGAAGGUGAAAAUCGCAUGAGUCGAAGAAAAGACCGAACGAUGGCGGUUGAUCACUGCAUGCUAGUAUAUGAGAUUUAAUGGUGUCUCUCAGUGUAUUUGGAUGAUAGUGAAGGAGGGUGCAAGGAUGCAUAUAUCACUUUUAGCUUGCUCUCUUCAAGAUGAAAGUUAUCCCUUGUUUGACAAGAACAUCGUGUAUCACGCACUACCUCACCACUUAAUUUAUCCAUUAAAUUUCCUUACUUGACUCGAUCAUCAUCCAUAAUAUUGUGCGUGAUGGUGUUUUGUUGACUACAUCGUGAAUUAGGUUAUUCUAAUUUUCUUUGAUAUGCCUUUUACUUAUACUUUGAUACACAUUCGGUCUUACGGUCAGUGACCCUCACCUCAUAUUCUUUUGCUUAUUGGACCCUCAUAUUCUUUUGCCUAUCGUCCACAUACCCAAUUUGAUACUAUGGGAUACAAGACAAGGUUGCAGCAGACAAAUCUCACAAAGAAAACCACAAUGCCAAUUCAAAUGCAUAUAUGAGUGAUAUAUCUCAUUUUAAACGGUGUAUGUUCUUGAUGUAAUGUUGGAGGAAAGAAAGCACCUAUAAGUAGGGGAUCUGCCUUAAUCAAGAGGCUCACAUUAAUGAUCGACACUGACCAAAGAUGGGGCAGUGCUAUUUGGUUUGAGAUAACCCUUUAUCACCCCUUGCACCUAUAUCCUCAAAGUGAAAAUUUAGGGCAUAGAUUGAAGGGUUUGGGAUCACAGUUGUGCAUCUACAAGACCCACAAGAUGACACAUGGACUAUGGCAAGGACAACAUCCAAGAGAAAUCACAUCCUAACAAGGGGCAUAUGAGCAUAUUCAACAAUCCACACUGAUUGAAUGGCUGCCAUGUGGUAAGAUGGAAUGUUCCUCAUUGGGCAAACAAGAAUGUCAUGGUUGGGCAUGCUUGCCCCCUAUUGAGGUAUGAGGCUGGUGUGCGAGGGACCAAGGACGCCAUGGUUGGGCAUGCUCCAAGAUAACCGAGAUUGGUGAGAGUACCCAUAGCGGAACGUGUGGUAUCUCAGCAUGGCCAAGAACACACACGGAUACACAAACUCAAGAGGGACAAAGAACAUACACAGAUACACAAACUCGGGAGGGACAUAUAAAUCAAUGAUUCGACCUAUUCCACACCGGAGAUUAUUGACAUCGUCGUGUGUGCAAUUGUGCAUGUGUGUAUAGAUCUUUAUUUUGUACAGAAUGGGUGUUGGACUCAUUUGUUUUGUUAUCGUUUUAACCCGACCUUUGAGCUAAUAAAAACCCUCCUUUUAAAAAAUGCAUACAACUUCUAACUCAUUUGAUAAAGCAAUACAAGUCUUGACUUGGCGGUGACUUGGUGUGUAUUAGGGUUCUUCUAAUCCCUAGUUAAAUGUUAGUUUUGUGAUUCAUUAACAUAAUAGCUCCAUAUAAACAAAAGUAUUUUGCUACAUGGGAAGUUUCGUGGCUCUAAGAGCAUCUACAAUUGGAUUGGGUAAAUUCGACCCCCUAAAUGUUUGAGGGCGCGUCCGCGGACAGCUCCGGCUGGCCCCUCAUUUGUCCUCCCGGACAACCAUACCCCUCAUAUGCAAACCCUCGUAUUCAGGAAAAGCCAUGCACGUCCAUCAUAUAGCAUCACUUCAUCACGAAUUCAACAAUUCAAUAAAGCAACAUAAACCACAAUUCAACACGUGCCAAAAUAAAAGUUAAGAACUCAUAGAUAGGCGAUACAAGAAUGCAUACUCUUUGCGCGCCGGUCUCCUUCUUCUUCAUGUGUAGCAACUUCUUGCUUCCCUCCUCCAAGAGGGUAGCGUCCUGCAACAUGAUCCUUGAAUCCUCUGCAUCGCUCGCAGACUUCAACCUCUUUUUGCCGAUCUCAAUUGUUUGUAUUGUCUUCUCCUUUUCAAACUCUCAUUUAGCAUAGUUCUCUUGCUUCCAAGUCUAUCUUCUCUCUCUCUCAAUGCUCAACUUCUCUUUCGCCCUUUCUCGGUCGAACAACACCAUCUCCCUUUGAACAUCCAAGAAGAGGUUGUACUUCUCCUUCUCCUCCUUGGCGAAAAAAUGCUUGUCCAUGCCAUAAACAUUUUCUUGCCGCACCAUCAUGCACGGCCCUCUCCUUCUCCCACUCAUUUCCCCUCACUUGCCAAUUCCUCUUUGGCACAGUUGGUUGUUCAUCCCUCCACCUCUCCACUUUGCUUGUCGUCGUCAUCCAAUCCAACAGAUUGUUAUGAGCUUGAGCCAUUGUUCUUCUUCAACUUCUUGGUGGGGUUUUUUGAGCUCUGUAACGACAAGUUACCACUUCGGUUUUCCAUUCAAUUUCAACCAACAAUGGGACAACCUGAAUGGCUUGCCCUUGUUUUGGUUGUACAAAUUGGAUCCAUGCUUGUGGCCAACCAAGAUUCACACAACACAUCUUCAUGGCUUGUGAAUGUCGGACCUCUUGCCUUUGCUACCUUCUUUUUUUAGUGUGCGAUGUUUGCCCAACAUCAAACAUAGGGGAAUUGGUAUCACCCAUACCAUUAUGCCUUAGUUCUUGACCAUCAUUUAUCAUGUUCAUAAAAAAAUAUGCAUCACAAUUAAACUACCAUCCCUAAAUUGAUCCAAUUGUAUGUGCAACAAACGAACCAAGCCAUACAAUGGCAUAUGGGUCAAAAUUGUACCAUGUCUUGGCCAGCUACUUCAUUCAACAACACGUGGGCAUGCCCAACGCCGACGUUAUCCGCUGCCUUUGGAGUUGGGGCGAGUUGUACGCCAUGUCUAUGGUGGCGUCCUCUAGCAUCCAGCCAUCGAGGAUGACCCCAUUCGGAUGUUGAAACGGAGACGGGAACACCCGACGACUUGUUCCCUCUUGCGGGUAGGUGGGACGACACAAAAGUGGUCGCCAGACCAGAUGCGCCCAAGUUCAUGUCCGCAGGCUCUUCCCCGCAGCUUCCUUCUUCACAGCUUACUGGACGCGCUACCGGGCAUGCGACUCCCUCCGGGUGAUGUUCUGUGCAUUGCAAGUGACUACGGUAGGGACCAGCACAGACUUUGCUGAACCAUCGUCUAUGGCGGUGGUGGGAGACGGGGUUCUCGGUGUCGAGAUCGGACAAUGAACGUGGACGGCGACAUAGACAUGGAGCAAUGUGUGUGUGUGUGUGGGAAGGGGGGGGGGACCAGAAAAAUGAAGGACAUACAUGGGAACAGUGCGGUUGAUUUGGAGGACUUGGUCGACUUUGAGUAGAUUCGAGGUAGGUUCAACCUGUUGGAGGUGUCGUGCGUCGCAUGUCCGCCCCACAUAUGGACUGGACUUGAGGAGUGCCGAGUAACCCGAAGUUUGGGCUAGCUUUGAGGGAUCCGUUUGGAUGCCUUUUGACCGGGUUAUCCGGCCGAGAGCGGGGUUCCGGUUGUACAUGUUCUACAGGCUCAUUUGCUUUGAGUGGCCAGUAGAAUACAGAGACAACAGGAGUAGAAAAUCAUUGGAAGCCCUUCAAGUGGCGAGUAGAAUACUGAGACAACUGGAGUAGCAAAUCAUUGGAAGCCCAUCAAGAACCUUUUCAAUAUGAACAGGCGGAGGCAAACACAGGAAACACGUGGAAGGUGGACUACACAUGAUUCCAUGAAUUCGACCACGACCUCGCCACGACCAUCGUUGGACCCUUGAACAGAGAACGGCACCGUCGCCAUCGACGCACGCAUGCCACAAAGCGAUGGAUAUGCUAAUCAAACGAGAGAUCCCAAUAGUGCUACCACAACAUGGACUAAAAUAACACGUUGCUAUAUUCAACACACCUGCUGACACUGGCACCAGCAGCUCGCCGAGCAACCGAAACUUCAGCGAAAGCGUGCCCAAGUGUCGCUAGAAGACUACGGUCUCCAGGCCAGGUCCGUACUCGUUUGCCUGAAAAGAAGUCUCUACUCGUCGUUUGCCGUUCAAGCGUUUUACCGUGGACAGCAUGCUUCCCGGUCGUUGGCUACGUGGCUCUGCUUCUGGUUCACACUGGCAACGCUUCUCCUGUUCAACUCAAUCUACUCGCCAUUGAAAUUUUCCUCUCUUUGGUUUCCCAUCUGGGAGAAAUCUUUAAUUCUAGAUGCCUUUGGCCUGGGUAUAUAUAUAGGAUAUAAUAUUAAUGUGUCAGAUGACUAGUUGUCAUAUGAGAAUAAUAUUGUUUUCGGCACAUUUCCUUUCUAGCAUAUGUUUUGUAUUUAUCAUAAAUAAACUGUCCUCAAGGAUGCUUAACCAUUGCAUACAACAUAAUAGCUGCUUUUAACUUGGAAUUUUGCUAAAAUCGUUUCCAGAAUGAACUAAAAUAUACAUUGAAUUAUAAGUAUCUGAAUCAAUCCAAUCUAGGCUUGUGCAUUCUUCCAAUCUGAAUCAAUCCAAUCCAUUGAAUUAUAAGUAUCCGCCUGAGCCUAGCCUGGCCAAAAACAGAAAACAAAUAGUAGCAUUCUUUCCAUUUAGAAAUAUCAUUUAAUCAUAUUUUUUUGGAUAUAUGAAUACAUUAUUACGCUUAUACAUCUAUUAAGUCCUAGGUUGUGUGUCCACUAGCAUUUUACUCAAAGUUAAGACCACAUAGAUGGUACACCACUCCGAGUGUGGGGCUACAGGCAACUCCAAUGCGGAUCAUGAAAUCGAUCGCAAAUGUCCUAUAAUUGAAAGGUUCAGACACUUUUGAUCCUCCAACUGUGGUCACCAAAUUUGUCUAGACCGGUCCGGACAUUUGAAAUCUCACGAAUUGGGGGUGGUUUGGGAAGUUUGAAUGUCUACCACAUUGGAAUCCUUAGCCCUGGGCCCACCCAUAAUCUUCUCCUGCCGCGUCCGCUUCGGCUUGACCGCAUUCACUCCGGCGGACCAGCCUCUUGCCUAAUCGCAUUCAUGGUGGCAUGAUGACCGAGAAGCCUACUCCCGCUUUACAGCCAGACGGGCUCCUCCUCCGCAAACCCUAUCCGCACAAUCCUCAUCCCCUGGCCGCUGCACAACACCACACCUCCAGCCAUCACGACGGCCAAGAAGUCUGGCGCCGAGAAGUGGUCGCCGGCGUGCACUCUGGAUCCGGGUGCCACCGUCGAGGGAGAAGGUACCGACGUUUGAUGAGGAGCAAGCGAAGGAGGAUCGUCGUAAUGCGCUAGAGGCCGCACAUGCAGAUCCUACCCGCGAUGAGUAUCCGGAUUGGAAUCCCAAAACACACUCCAUUAUGUGGGAUAUCCAACAUGACUAUGUGUUGAUCCCGUAUGAGAAGGAGGAGUAACCUCGCUCAUGCAGCUCAAAUCGGGGACCACAUGCUUCAUUUCAGACGACAACGACGACGGCUCGAACAAAGUUGCAGAUGGUGACAAAGGUAUCGGCGACCUCACCGGAUGGAUCCUCACCUAGUUUUAGCUGGAAUUAAUUUAAAUUUAGGUUGAAUUUGUUUAAAUUUCGCCCGUUUGGUUGCAAUAUACCGAACUUUGUUUAAAUUUCAUCGUUUUGCUUUUACUUCCAUCUGUGUUUGUGCGCGGUCUGUUUUAAAUGGUUGAGCCGCGUUGGAUGACUUCAGUAGCUCGGUUGGAUGUCCGACGUCCCGGCUGCUGUCCGCAGACACGACAUUUGGUGAUCCGCGUUGAAAUUGCACUAAGAAAGAAGUUGAGGCGAACGCUCGCUGUAAAAAAGAAGUUUGGAUAAAUCGGCAUGCCAAGGAACGAAGUGGACGUCCCGGCGGUUGCCAACCGCGAGUGAAGAAGUGCUACUUGUCAGUCGGGCUCCCGCGUGGAACCUUCUCCCCCCGGCUGCCCCCACUCCGCCUACGUGUGCGACGCCAUCGCCCCGAUCGCGUACCGCGUUGCCGCGAGUAGGCCCAUCACUACCUCGUGCUCAUUCCGGGCCGGGCUCGCAAUAAAUGGAAAAAAUAUAUUCGCCCCGGCUUUGACCGUCUCGCCCCUUUUAGCUCCCCUCGCCUAUCAGACCGUACGGGUCCAUUUGACCACGUGACCCAAAUCCGCCACUUGGGCCCCAUCCCCCUCCCGCCGCGGCUAUAUAACCGCGUCCGGACAUUUUCCCGACAAACACUUCACCUUCACCAAGCACGCACACAGCGCCCAGCAGCAGCAACUCAUCGACGCAGAGCAGAGCAGCGAAGGGGGCCGGCGAGAUCGACGCAAAUGCAGAUGGACUCCUACUACUUCCACGACGACGCCCACUUCUUCGCCGGCUGCGGCGUCCCCGGCUCGCCGGACCUGCCCUUCGCCGACCUCAUUGCGUCGCUCUCGGAGCCGCUGCCUGAGGUGGCCAGACAGAGCGCGUUCCGGGAGUACCGCGGCGUCGGGCUGGAGCUUCCGGGCACGGCGCGGGGCGGGACGGGGAACGGGAUCAACAUCCACCGGAGGAUGAUGGACGUGCUGGGCAGGAUGGGGCCGGCCACCGAGGAGGAGCAGCGGCCGCAGCACCAACAGCAGCAGGCGGCCGGCGCUGUCGAGAGCAGCCGCGGGUUCCGGCACAUGAUGCGCGAGCGCCAGCGCCGCGAGAAGCUCAGCCAGAGCUACGCCGACCUCCACGCCAUGGUCUCCUCCCGUUCCAAGGUACUUCGACCGUCCGCGCCCGCUGUCCUCCCACAUUCCAUUUCACUGGUGCUCGAAUGCCAUGUGCUGAAUGAACGAGUGAUGCCAUUGCAGCAGGACAAGAACUCGAUCGUGCAGUCCGCGGCCGUCUACAUCCACGAGCUCAAGGUCGCCAAGGAGCAGCUCCAGAGGAGGAACGACGAGCUCAAGGCCAAGAUCCUGGGGCACGACGCGCAGCAGCAGUGCGUCAAGGUCCAGUUCGAGGUGGACGAGCCCUCGUCCUCCAUCGACUCCAUGAUCGGGGCCCUCACGCGCCUCAAGAGCAUGAACGUCAAGACCAGGGGGAUCCACUCCAUCUUGUCCGGCCAGCGGUUGACGACGGAGAUGAAUGUCGAAACCACGAUUGCGGCUUGCGAGGUAGAAAAGGCAGUGGAGGAGGCUCUCCAGGAAGUAGAGAGGAAUCAGCUGCCUGACAGCGAGGCCCCGUUUCCCGGAAGCAGGAGCGCCUGGCCUCAAACAUCACACGUGCAAAAUGUGUUCUGAUCGGUUUCUGACCACAAGGGUCAUGAGACCCAUCUGUUCAUUGUUUUUUCUCCUCUUUUUUUCUCUCCUUUUUUUCUGAUGAUGGAGCAAGUGAAGAUCUUCACAUGCCCUUGCCUGCGUACUGGUGGUUGUACUCUCGAUCGACCCUCGUGUUUAGUCCUAGUGGGAUUUUUUAGGGGCUGUGAAGGUGUAAGUAGCUCUUCAGAUGUGUAGGUGGUGAGGUCAACUUGGAAUCAAAUGGGUUGGAAAAAAAUUGAAGAGGAUCUACUCGCACGGUUUGGCCUGGCGCUUACGUUUGGCCCUAGCAAGGAAGAGAAAAGGAUAUGACAACUUGACAAGGAUUACCAAACGUUUGGAAGAAGACGGGCCAGCAAGCCUUGGUUGCUGAGACUGUAAAUUUGCAUCCACCCAAUGUUCGAAAUCGAGUAUAUAUUUUUCUCCAAACA